AUGUCGAACCUGCCUUUCACGGUGCGUCGCCUCUCCCCGCACAGCUCUAGCUCUCCCUCCCAUGGCCGGGGUCUGUGCCGGCGUACUGACGACAGAACCACACAGCUGAAUGACCCCACGCUCCUCCACGAGGCGUCGCUCCUUGGCGGGAAAUGGGUGCAAGCCAAGUCGGGGAACCGCUUUGAUGUCGAAGAUCCCGGCACGUGCAAGGUGUGGGCGUCGUGCGCCAACAAUGACGUGGCCGACGUGGACCAAUAUGUCGAGUCGUCGCAGGCUGCCUAUGGCGGCUGGCGCCACACGAACCCGCGCGAGCGUGCCAAGGUGUUGAUGCGGUGGCACGAGCUGAUCACGGUGGCGCGGGACGACAUAGCGGCGCUCGUCGUCCACGAGACGGGCAAGCCAAUGGCCGAGGCGCAGGGCGAGGUCGACUACGCCAACGGGUUCGCGUGGUGGUUCGCGGGCGAGGCGGAGCGCGUGCGCGGGUCUGUCGCGCAGCCGUCCGUGUCGAGCCGGCGCACCGUCGUCGUUAAGCAGCCCAUUGGCGUCUGCGUGGCGCUGGUGCCGUGGAACUUCCCCGUCGCCAUGAUUGUACGCAAGGCGGCCGCGGCGCUGGCGGCGGGCUGCUCUAUGAUUGUCAAGCCGUCGCCCGAGACGCCGCUGAGCGUCAUGGCCCUCGCGGACCUGGCACUACGCGCCGGGCUCCCCGCCGGCGUGCUCAACGUUAUCACGACCGACAACGCCCUCACCCCCGCCGUCAGCGAGCGCCUGUGUAAGCACCCGCUCGUGCGCAAGGUUACCUUCACUGGCAGUACGGCCGUCGGCAGCAUCGUAGCGCGGCACUGCAGCGAGGGCCUGAAGAAGCUGACCAUGGAGCUGGGCGGCAACUGUCCGUUCGUCAUCUUCAACGACGGCGACCUGCAGGCAGCCGUGGACGCGCUGAUGGUGCUCAAGUGGCGCACGGCCGGGCAGGCCUGCACGCACGCCAACCGCGUCUACGUGCAGAGCGGCGUUUACGACGCCUUCGCGGCCAUGAUGGUCCAGGCGACGCGUGGGCUGCGCGUGGGCCACGGCGCCAGAUCCGGCACGACGAUGGGCGCACUGACGACGGCGCGCGGCCUGGCAAAGGUCGAGGCGCACGUGGCCGAUGCGCUCGCCAAGGGCGGCAGGCUGCUCUGCGGCGGCGCGCGGGCCGCACGCGGAGACGGGGGAGACGACGACCAGCUGCUGCUGCAGGGACACUUCUACCAGCCCACCAUCAUCGCGGACAUGACGAGCGACAUGCUUUCGUGCCGCGAGGAGAUCUUUGGCCCGCUGCUCGGCAUCUACCGCUUUGAGACGGAGCAGGAGGCCGUGGACAAGGCGAACGCCACGUCCAUGGGUCUAGCAUCCUACUUCUUCACCCGGGAUGUCAGCCGGACCUGGCGGCUGCUGGAGUCGUUGGAAGCCGGCAUGAUUGGCAUGAACACGGGCAAUUCGUCGUGUGCCGAGUCACCAUUUGGCGGUAUCAAAAUGUCGGGAUACGGCAAGGAGGCGGGCAAGGACGUCGCGAUUGAGGAGUACCUAAUCUCAAAGACGGGCACCUUGACAGUCGAGGAUAUACGGAGUAACAUGUAA